CUAAAACUAACUCAAACCAAGACCACACCCUUCAGCAAACAGAAUGGAAAGAGAUGAGCUCCUCUGCUUCAUCUGCUGUGGCAACCUUCUCUGCAUCAUUUGCCACUACUGGUGGUGGUUUUCACCGCCAGAGCCGCCACAGUAAAUGCAUAAUCACCUCCAGGCCUUUUACAUCCUCUCAUCACCACUCAUUUUCAUUGAGAGUUACAAAUGACUCUAAUAGGACCGAACUGUCUCCUGAUCCUGCGAUUGAAAGGUCAGAAGCUGAUAAGAUUGUUGAUGGUAUGGACUUUGGAGAGCUUUGCAAUGAGUUUGAGUGUAUUAGUAGCCCUUUGGUGGAAUCUACAGCCAGACAACUUGCCCGGGAUAUUCUUGAACUACGCCAAGGCAAUCGUGCACUGGGAACCUUUGCAGUUUCUGUCAGAUACAAGGAUCCGGUCAGGAGUUUUACUGGUCGUGAGAAAUACAAGAGACCUCUAUGGGUAACUGGUGCACUAGACAACCCUUCUGUGAGCGUUCAAGAAAUGGUGAUGUUGUCCACCAGUGUCCUGAGUAUCAAGUGGACAAUAAAAGGGAAGCCUAAAUCUCUUGUAGCUGAUAUAGGUGGAGACUUGAUAAUAAAAGUGAACUCCAGGUUCACUUUGAACCAGAUUAGUGGCCAAGUGAUUGAGCAUCAAGAGUUUUGGGAUUUAUCAGCUUCAUCACCUAUAGCUGAGGCAUUCUUCUGGGCAUCUCGACGUUUGUUUGCUACAAUUGAGACUGGAAAAGAUUUGGCUGAUCUUCUCAAGAGCUUGUCAAGACGUCUUCCAACCCAGAAGGAGAACUUGGAGAUUUAUCCCGACCCUUCUGGUGAUCCAACAAAGGGACGAAGGCUUCCAAAGAGAUGCAUAUCAGAUUGCACUAUUUCUUGCGGUCCUCUACUUCGUCGUACAGUUCUUGAAGACAACCUUGUAAAGCCUGUCCUGUCCUCUCCUCGUUCUGCAAUCCAUCUAUCAUUGUAAUUAAUGUUGCAGCAAUCUUCUAUUGUAUAGUUUCCUACCGACUAUAUUGCAGUACAACCACAUUAAAAGUUUUUUUUGUUUUUUUUUUCACUACUCUGUUCUUUCCAGGAUAGAACAGAAGUGGACGGUUUGGUUUUGAUUUUUCUUUUUUCCUUGGUUUUCUGACUUCAUUUUGUAAGAAUUUUAUUGUUUUUAAAUCUGUAUUUUUGAAGUUUUAAUAUAACAUAGGCAAUAAUUGCUCCUAUAAUAA